GCUGAAAUUGAGGUGGACCAUAUUUAGGAGGAUCGGUAAAAGAGAAACAUGUCGGUCAACAGCAAAAGGUCUGUGGUGAAGAUGGACGGAAAGUAAACUGCUGCAUGAGAGAAGAAGAAAGAGAUACAAGAGGUUAAGACCAUUGUAAAAGAAGAGGUUGCACGUUUCCUUUGUACACAUAGAUUGUCAUUGAGCAUUGAUCGGCUAGAGAACAAAAAUCUCAACGAUGCUGCGAAGAGCGUUCUAGUAAGAUAGUUGGGAAUUCUACGCUUCAGGAUGUUUAUAGUUACUUCAUCAUUGAAACAAAUAUUCAGACAUAGUGUUUUCUACUCCAUGAAGGUUAUUCGUGAUUUAGGAGGUUUGAGUCUUAUAUUGUAGCGGCAAAUAAAUCCCCAAAAUAAAUAGCUCUGUAAGUUUUCGACAUUGGAUGCUGACUACAUUAGUUUUAGUGGACCCACCUAGCUGAAGGAGCUCGGUCAUGCAUCCGCACCAGAUCACGAGUGGGAACGUCGUGCUCAACAACCCCUGCAAUCGCUAGCCAGAUUAGAUCAGACGAUCCUCGUUAUAUUGAUAGCUUAUCAAAUAUAUUUUCGAACCUUCUCGCUUCUGUCUUUUGAUUUCACUUGGUGGGUACGAAUCAUAUUAGGUGUUACUGGUUAAAGCAUUGUCAAACUCCGAAUACCUGUGGCAUCUUCAUUGGUGAGUCUAACGUGAUCUGGUACGCCAAAUUUCAAACUUAAUGAAUAUAGAAGAAGCUAAAAAAUUACAUUUAUCUAUUCGUAUAUUAUGUUACAUUAAUACAAUACCCAAAACACAUGGAACCAAAGCUAUUUAUGUUAAAAAUAGUUGGGCAAAACGUUGUACAAAAUAUCUAUUUAUGAGUAGUGUAUAUGACAAGGAAUUACCAACAAUUAAGUUAAAUUUAAGUUAUCCAGAAAGUCGUCAACAUUUAUGGAGUAAAAUGCGAGCAAUUCUUCGUUAUGUCUAUCAAUAUCGAAAUGAUUAUGAUUAUUUUUUAAAAGCAGAUGAUGAUACUUUUGUAAUCAUGGAAAAUUUAAGAUCUAUUUUACAUCAGCAUAAUCCAAAAGAUCCAUUUAUGAUUGGUUAUAAUUUCCCUUACCUUACAAAAAAUGGUUAUUUCUCUGGAGGUGCAGGUUAUGUCCUCUCACAAGAAGCAUUAAAGCGUAUUGUUGAACAAGCUAUUGACAAGCAUCCAAGUUGUCCGACGUACGAUGAAGACAAAGAAGAUGUGAAAUUAAGUAUGUGUGGUCAACCAGUCGGUGUAAAACUGUAUCAUAUGGUUGAUUUAAAUGGAACCUUUCCAUUCACCUGGCGAAGAGAACAAAGAAAUUAUUAUCUUUUCCAAUGGCGCAGUCUCGAAGGUGAAUUUCUUAGCUUAGUUUAUCCAAAGAAACGCGCUAAAAAUUCUAAAUCUCCAGCAACUACAAAAACGGUUGAUCAUCUUCAUGAUCCAAGUGAUUUGCUCAGUGAUCACUUGAUUAGUUUGCAUUAUAUUCAACCAUUCUACAUGUAUUUACUGGAAUUUGUUUUAUAUCACUUGAGACCAAUCCAGGAAAUGGAUUAUUUGAAUGGAUAACUGUCGAGGAAAAAAAAUUAAAACUACGUUGAGAAACCACACUUUAUGUUCAUGAUUUUUAAACUUACUACUGUCUCUACUUCUAUUAUGCACUGUAUGAAAAAUAAUUAAAAUUAACUUUAUCGUUUAUCAACGAUUUAUUUCAUUUUAAAAUCAUGUUUAUUUUUAAUGUUACCUUUUUGGAAGGACGUAUCAUGUAAUUUGUUUGUUGUGACACUUCAACUGUCUUCGAUGUAAAUAUUGUUUAAUUAACCAGUAAAAUGUAAAUAUUUCAUCAUUUUUUCUUUAAUUUCACGUUUCCAACAAAUGACUACGUAUGUUAUUUCUCUACUACAUUAUUUAAGCGUCUUAGAUUGUAUAACUAGUUUCACCAAGAACGGGCAAUAAAUUAAUAACUUUAUGUCUGCUUUUUACAAUAAAGCUAUGUAAAAGCAUAAUUCUUUAAUUUUACUUAAAUGAAAGAACACUUGGAGGAGAAAACCAUUUUAGUAUCUAAUGCAAAUCACACAGUGUCUUAGUAUAUUAUGGAAAUUUUGCAAUAAAUACAUCAUAUGCACAUCUUUUUCACGUUAUCCUUCACGUAUUCUAUUAUUUCUCUAAUUCUGUUGUUCUAUCGAUUUCACUUCGACUUCCUUCCUGUUUUCUUCAUUUCGAUCUUCGGCUUCCAGAGAUUCCGCUUCAGAUUGGUACUACAUACUACUUGUAUUUAUCAGUAUACAACACACUACUUGUGUAAAUCAAGCGCUUUUUGAUAAUAAAUAUCUAGCCAAAUAUGGAUUGAAAUGUAUUAAUGAAUAAUUCCAGUUUUUGUUCGGAAGAAAUACCAAAGGGCUUGAAACAAAGUAAAGUAACUAAAAUUAUUAGUAUCCGGAAAACGUCUAACAGCACUUGACAUACUUCUCCAUCAAUUGUGGUUAGGAUAAUCAGCAAACAUGAAAAUCAGAUAAUUAACAAAUAAUAAGAUAAUACAUAUUAGCGUUAAUUUUUUAGUUGUAGAUGAUUCAACACCUGACGCUAACUGCAACGGAAAAUCUUCGCGAGUCAUCCUUACUCUUGUAACUCCAAAACAUAUACCUGUUGAGUUUGAUUGUGUGAAAUUUUGUCUAGCUUUUUAACAGUUGAAAAUGAUUCAGUUCACUGUAUGAUAUGCAUCACUCUUCUUUUCAGAAAAAUAAGGACAGUGGUAUUUUUCCUCUGAGUAUAUUUUAUAGCAUUGACCGUUUAAUUACGCAUCAAGAUUAUUGUUUUGCUUUAAUUAAAUUUAUUUCAGUUAAAGUAAUCUCCAAGAGUAUCGCUUUUUUCUAGAAAGAUUUAUAAUCUUUACUUUUUGAGUACGGAUACAAAGAAGGCACUGGUAUUUUUUCAUCGCUGAGUAUAUCUUUUAGUAUUGUUUGUAUCCAAAAGUGUUAAGGUUUUUUCGUAUCUACUGAAGUCGGAUUUUUUCAUUGUUGUUAGAUGCACCAAUAAACAAACCUCUGUUUUUUGUGUUCAGUGUCUAUCACAUAAUAAGCCACAAAAUAUACUUAUUCUAGUGACCAGUUUUCGCUUUUGUUCUUCCUGUGAUAUCACAAAACAAUUUUAUGCUGCAAAUAAAACAUAGUUGUGGCAGACCUGCAUGCUAUUUCCCCGCCGAUGAUGGGAUGCAUUGUGACAACUGCAAUAAGUGAUAUCACAAUGUGUGCACCGGACUUACACCGGCUACAUAUAAAAGGAGCUGCAAGCCACUAUCACAUUGGCUGUGCAAAGUAUGUUGUUCUACAAAGUCUCUGUUGAUACUUGAAGAGAUUGAACUGCUGAACAUGGCUAGAAGAUUGCCCUCACAUAAACAGGCAGCUGAAUUCCUCUUUCAAGGAAAUAGAGAGCGUUAUCAUGAGCCCAGCUCUAGAUAUGAAUGAGACCAUAAAAGUGAACCCAAUCAGGGGAGCGGAUCCGUAAUCAACGUCCGUGAGUAUCUCAGCCUGGUUGACCGUAUUGAGAGAUGAGCUGCAAAGGUAAAAAUAAAUGAGCGCCUCCGAAAUGGUGAAAGAAACCUCGUACUCAAGGGUUUUGAAAUUGUAAACGUUUUCAGCAAAACGAUCCUCAAACCACUCUGAGUGGUAACAGAAUUAAACGUGUGCUACACAAAUGCUCCCAACACCAAGGUCGGA